AUGACUACACAGAGCCCACUGACUUUGUAUGAGCUGACCAAGCAGAGCCUGUUGAACAGUGAGACUAUAGCCAGCACUGCUCUGCAUGACCUGCCCUCCAUGAUCUUCCACGAAAUUUUCAUGGAGGCCUUCAUGGGGGAACACAAUGAGGUCCUAAAAGUGAUGGUACAGGCCUGGCCUUUCCCCUGCCUCCCUUUGAGGACCCUGAUGACUCUGAGGAAACCAAAGACCCCGCACCCUCAGUUUGGAGAAAUCACACUGCAACAGAGAAACCUACGGACCUUGCAAGCCCUACUGGAUGGAAUUGACAUUCAGCUGUCCCAGAAGGUUCACCACAGGUGGAGACUGCAGGUGUUGGAUUGGAGGGAUGUACACCGGGACUUCUGGACUGUAGGGCCCAGAGCCAUGAGGGCUGCCUACUCAGAACAUUCCAGCAGUAAGGAAGCAGGCAAGCCUGGGUUGAGGAAGAAGAAGCCGACCUUGACAAUAUUUGCACACCUUUGCUUUGAAGCCUGGAGUAGGUCUUGUGCCCUCCAUGAUGAAUUACAACUUUGUCUCUUGAAGUGGGCAAGGAAGAGAAAAGCUUCAGUACACCUGAGCUCUGAGAAGGUGAUGAUCAAGUCUGAUGCUGUCUUUAAAAUCCUGAAGCUUCUUCAUGCUGUGCAACUGGACUCUAUCCAGGAGCUGGACUUGUCCAUUGAUUGGGGUCAGGAAAACAUGAAAGCAUUUGUUCCCCUGCUCAGGAAGAUGACAAAACUUCACACAUUUCACUUCAGUAGCCUGAGCCCAGAAGUGUAUACUUCCUCCGGGAAAAACAAGUGGCAUUCCCGCAUCUAUGCUUUUCACUUAGGACAGAUGCAAAGUCUCCGGGAGCUUCAUAUAGAUCACGUCUUCUUUCUGGAAGGAACUCUGCACAAAAUCUUCAGGUAAGUGGGUGGUGAGGUCACCUGCACAUUCAAGGAGCCAGUGAAUAUGAAGAGGGCAUCUGUGUGUCAAGCUGGUGGUAGUGUGGGAGAUCCUAGGAAGUGAGAUGUCUGGACCAUGGAAGUACCAUGUCUGCACCAUGGCAAGGUCUCCCAUGUCUCAUGCUAACUCAUGUGAAGGCAGGGAAUAAUCUGGGACUAGCGUUCUGCAACCAGCCCCAUGCUCAGAAAGCCAGGAGCAUAUGAGUGGACAUAAGAAGGGGAGCUGUGAUUUCUUCCUUU